AUGGCUCCAGUCUCAACACCUCAGCCAACUGCUCAGCCUGCGGGCAUUAACCAACAAGAAUAUGCUCCCGACUCCAUGGAAAUGGUUCAGCCAAGAGCGCAUCAACCUAUGGAUCCCCGGAAGCCUCAGGACAAUAUUGAGCGAGCUGAACCGGAGCUCAAUCUUAGAGGAGGCAAGGAUUGCGACGGUCAUUGUCGUGGCCGCUUCUGCUUCAUCAUUCCAUGUCCUAUACCUAUCAACUGCUGUGUCAUUCCCUUGUAA